GCGUUCGCCGGCAGUGCGCAGGCGCAGUCCCGCUCCGAUCGUCACCGCGGCCGCACGCACGCCGCGACAUGAUUCGCCCACUGUACGUACUCAUUGCGCUCGCCGCUCUCGCAUCGGCCGUCGAACCGCCUAGGCCGCGGCUCAUUGACUUCAACCCUUGGUCAUGGAUCCCGAACAACCGAAACAAAUCUCCAUCAAUCAUGGACUAUUUCUUUCCACCGUCCCGAACUCCGAAACAAUCUAAUUUAGACCCGCCCGCAGACAGACAGCCCCCUACAGUACAAACUACCAUGGACGAUGCGGCCACCAUGACCACACUGAACGAACGUCCCACAACCAUGGCUAGGAAAUCACAUAAUAGAAUAAAAACGACCCUUCCAGCCCCCCGUCCUACCGCAACCAUUCCACCGAAGACAAAAAAGACCUCCCAUAGAACCACCCCCACGGAAACUGUCCCAACUGCCGAAACAAAAAUAACUCAAACUAUUAAAAGCGAGACUACAACAACGAAAGCGCCGGCUACCGUUCGGCCGACCAAACAUUACUCCAUCCGGCCAGUGCGAACCACAGAAACGCCAACAGUCCAGGAUACAGCAUCAACGUUGAACACGAAUAGCGAUAGCACAGAAACAAUUGCUGUGGAGACAGCCGGGACUACCAAUGAGGUUAUGAAAGAAACCGUAGUUCCGACCCUCAGCACAGAUCAGCAUUCCACAGAAGGACCGUCCACAAUAUCUAUGGAAUCUACAACGUUGACGGAGAGCACCACGGAACCAGCAGAUAGCCGCGAGGGAUAUCUGCCACUGCGAGACAAACCUCAACAGACGCACGUCAAGAUCAACGAUCAGACGAAAAAGGAGACGGUGCCUUUGCCAGCCGGCUCCACUUCUGUAUUGGCGAAACCAACGAAGUACCACUAUUAUCCUCACAAUCAACACAUUUAUUUACUUCCCGAAUGUGCCAUUCAACAGGUGUGUAAUGCGGUUUACGUCCGUUUAAAUUACACCCAACCGCUGUGUGCGUGCCCAGCGCGUUACCGAGACCCCUGUUCUGCGAGCCUCAACGCCGACGACCUGCAUACCACGCGGCUCACCACAGAUUCCAAAAAGAAGUACGCAAAGAAAGCGGUGACAUUGGUGAAAACUUGCGAAGCCGUGUCCGAGAUGAGGGAAUGCAGAGCGCCGCGAGAUUGGUCGUUGCUAGCGCUACAGAACAUAAGGACUGGCAAAUCGCACUAUUUGGUCAUCUGUAGAUGCCCCGAUACUCAUAUAUUGGAAGGACCCAUGUCUCACGAUCAGCCAACGUAUGCUUCCGUACCGGGCAUCAGGGUGUACGGGAUGAUGUGUGUUAGACCCACCACUGCUUAUCAUUCCGCGUACACCAACAGAUUCCCAGGUGGAGUACAAAGCACGACCAGCACGUACAAGGUGGACUAUUCUCAAGCGCACUCGUACGACAAGCCGGUGUACAACCGAUAUCACACCAACAGCUACUUAGACAACUUCUACAAUCGGCGAACCAGGGCCGCUCGCGUGAGACGAACGACCGCAGAAUACCCGCCGUUCCCAUGGUACAAAGUGAUAGAAUUGGCGCGAUCGUUACACUGGAUCAAUUAAGAGAAAACUAUUGUUUCAAAAGUAUGUUGGGUUCAAGCAGGCCUUGUUAUCGAAUAAGUGAAAUCCGCCUCAUUGAAUUCAACGAAAACUUUAGUUAGCGUAAUGUAUUAUCUCAUUAAGGCGGAUGAAUUGUAGUUUUCAUAACAAUGCUACUAUUGUAAUAUGCAUCCAAUUAUUUGUCUCGGUUACAGAUUGCAAUCUAUGCGAGCAUCUCUUCCAUUUCUAUUAUUUGUUUCAGUUACUUAAAACAAUAAAGGUGAAAGUUACAUUCAAAAGUCAAAAAAACUAAAUUUUAUAUAACAAAUGUCGUAUAGUUACACAAGUAAUGCUUUCGUUAAUAUUAUACAUUUAUCUGUUAGAGUCUGAAUUCACGCGGUACAGUCCAGUACAUAAUUUAGAUUUUAAAAAUAUAUAUGAUAUUCCGCCUUUCCCAUACGAACGACAUACUAAAAACACGCUUUUUCAGUCAUAAUUUUCUCAUACAUUUAGAACUCGAAACAAUUUGUCAAAACUACAGUUCAACCGUCUAAAUGAGACCAAAAUACGAUAUAUAAUAUCAAAACGCUUCAGCUUUCAUGUACCAGUAUAAAGUAGACAUUAACCUGAGUAUUACUUUAAUUCUGUGAAUACUCAAUCCUGUACUGCAUUUAAUAGUACUUAAUAUUUAUAAUCUGUACUCGAAGUAUCGCAAGAGUUGAUAAUAUACAUACCUACAGUAAUGUUUAUCUCUUUAAACCGAAAGGUCUAUGUAUAUUUUCAAUUUGAUAAGUAUUUACUGUAUGCCAGAAUAUUAGAUAUAACCGUAACUAAUUUAAGUAAAAUUCAAAUCACGAGAUUGCCAAUUAAGAAACUAAUUGAUUUAAUUGUAAGAUUAAAAAUGUACACAAAACAAUGUGAUAAGUGUUCAGUGCAUUUCUGUGUAAUUCGAUGCAUUUAUAGACAUCUAAGUUAGUUAUAAAAUUAUUUAUAUUAAUCAUAAUAUGAUAUGAUGUAGACAAUUGCCGUGUAAAUAGUAGUGAUAAUUACAAUAUUUGUAAUUACGGACGAUUAAAAUUUAUAACAAAAUUA